GCACCGCCCCGUUGGCGCUGUUUUCUUGAGCACCAGGGAUACUCUUCUGACUCGUCCGAAAACAGCUCGCUGUUUUUCAGAACAAUAUGAAAUUACUAGACAAAAUACUUGUUUUAACUGAGGGUAAGCCAACCAAACGCAGGACUGCAAGACUGAUCGAAUGGAUGCAGAAAAAAGAAGUUGUUGGCAGUUAGGAUGAAGAGCAAACUGUGUCACAAGACAAUGAAGCUGACCAGGAAAUAUGGCUCAAGAGAUCUGAAAGUUUGGGUAUGCAGAAACAAAAAUCACAGGGGGAAAAAAACAACCAAGACUAUCAGAUCUGGAUCCAUAUUUGAGGGCUCAAGAUCCAGCCUGUUCUCAUGGAUGAAAUUCUUCUAUAGGUUCGCACAAGGAUUACGUAUGAGGCAGGUUGAUAUGAAGACAGAAGGCAUAGCAAAAAGUUCAAGAACACUGUCAAAGAUGUCCUCUUGUGUAAGAAAAGUGUGCACUUGUGCAAUGCGUCAAUAUGAAAGGACAGCAGGACAGCGCCUUGGGGAUGAAGGGGAAUUUGUGGCGAUUGACGAAAGCAACUUCCGACAUAAGCAAAAGUAUAGGCGUGGGAGAAUAUCAGGCACCUGGAAGCGCAAGAAGUGGAUUUUUGGAAUGCUUGGUGUGAAGGGAAACCAACGAAGACCCAUUUUAAAGUUAGUGAAGAGGAGAUCUGGCCACCACUUAAUUCCAUUAGUGGUGAAGCAUGUGCGUCCUGGGAGUGUCAUUGUAAGUGACGAAUGGAGGGCUUAUAGGGGUGUUCUCACCAAUAUGGGCUACAGACAUUUCACUGUGAAUCAUUCAAGAUGGUUUGUGGAUCCUGCAAGUGGAGCUCACACUCAGCAUUUGGAGAGAGCAUGGUUAACGUACAAAUCAACAGUGUGGCGCUUGAGGGGCAAUAGAACUGAAAAACUUUUGAAAGAACAUCUCAAAGUGAUAGAAUGGUCAUACUGGCUUGGUAACAGGCAUAAGAAAGGUGCUCUUGGUCGUUUACUUAAAGACAUAAGGUCUCAGUUCCCUUUGUAAAAAGUGGAUUUAGAAAUGUCUAGUGGAAAUAUGAUAAAUGAAAAUAAAUCUCCAAGCAUUUAUUACCAAUGCAGUUAAUGUUACUGGGCUAACUUGAAGACUGUAAAUAUGUUUUCAGAGCACAAUGUAUGUAUAUAAAUCGGUCUAACCCAGUCAGAUUACAUGCUUUGUUGGAUUUCUGUAAAUAAUUGUAAAUAAUUGCUGUAGCUUGUUUAUAAUUACCAUAUACCAUAUACCACAUCCUCUAGAGUGAACACAAUUAUCCACAUUGAUCUGCUCAGUUACUAUUUAUUAAUUUGAUGUAACAUAUUAAGAAACAUGUAGUGUGUGCAAAUGUUCAUGCAAAUGCAGAUUAUGCUAAAACCUGCAGAAAAAAAGUUUACCUUUGUACAAAUGAAAAACUUCUUGCCCUCACCAGAACAAUGAAUUGAAUCUAGUUUUUUUGUACGUGGUUCAGAUUCAAAACAAUAUUUUUUUUUUU